CACGAGUCUUUACGUCGUGUUGCAUCUUAGUUUAGUUGCACGCACAGCUCCGUGAAUACGUGCCGUUGUGAUAAUGCAUUACUGGCCAUUACUUUUGCUGACGUGGGUCGAGUUAUGUCUCGGAUAUAAUAUACUUGCCCUCCUGCCGUACCCGGGGAAAAGUCACCACAUGGUUUUCGAACCAUUGCUUCAAGAGUUGGCUAAUCGAGGCCAUCGUCUCACCGUAGUGUCGUUCUUCCCCUCAAAGAAUCCUCAUCCGAACCGUCGGGAAGUCAGCUUAGUAGGCCUGGCUCCACUCAAUGUCGAAGUGAUAAACAUGACCGACUUCGAUCGCUCAUACUUCGGCUUCGCUCGGUAUUUCGAGCAUAUCCCGGUUGUGACCAAAUUGGCCGAAAUGAACUUGGAACUUUGUGAAAAGCUGCUAGACGCGGAAGUGUUCAAAGAGUUCGUGAACGCCGAAGGGAACUACGAUUUGAUACUGGUGGAGCACUUCAACAGCGAUUGCAUGCUUGGACUGGUCCACAACUAUGGAGUCCCAUCGGUGGGCUUGAUGUCAUGCGCGAUAAUGCAGUUCACGCCUUCAAGGGUUGGGAGCCCUGAUAACCCGGCAUACGUUCCCAAUAUGGUAUUACCGAUGACGGACACCAUGUCCUUUCUGGAGCGAUUUGAGAAUGCUCUGGUGCUAUUCGGCUACGAGUUGUGGUACGAACUCGCAAUAAGAUGGAAGGAGCAAAGAGUUUUGGAGAAAAAGUUCGGACGUUUACCCCGAUUGGAAGAGAUCGGCAAAAACGCGAGUGUGAUAUUGGUGAACACCCACCACAGUUUAAAUGGAGUGAGGGAACUUCCGCCGUCAGUCGUUGAGGUUGGAGGUAUCCAUCUUCAUAAUCGGACUAUGCAGCCUUUACCAAGGGAAUUAAAGCAAUGGAUAGAAGAGGCACAAGAUGGGUUCAUCGUGUUCAGUUUCGGCUCCUUGAUCAAAGGAUCCACGCUGCCAGCGAGUUGCGCGCGCGCCAUUUUGAAAGUUUUCGCGCGCUUGCCGCAGAGAGUGCUGUGGAAAUGGGAGGCGGAAGGCAUGGAACUGCCGGAGAACGUGAGGCUGAUGAAGUGGCUGCCGCAAUAUGAGUUGCUGACUCAUAGGAACUGCGUCGCAUUCAUCAGCCACGCAGGAGCCUUGAGCCUCACAGAAGCGGUCUCGGCCGGUGUGCCUCUCCUAGCCAUCCCGAUCCUGGGCGACCAGUUCGGGAACGCAGCGCACGCCAAGAGGGCCGGCUUGGCAGAGGUCCUACCUUUGAGAGAAUUGACUGAGGAGGCGUUUGAGGCUGCGCUGAGAAAGGUUUUGGACGAAAGAAUGCGCACCCAAGCAAAGCGCCUCAGUGAGAUAUGGAAGGACAAACCGAUGGAUCCCAUGGACCGAGCCGUUUUCUACGUAGAGAAGACCGCACGAUACAAAGGCCUCAACAUGUCAACUGACGCCCGAUACCUAAAUCGGAUUCAGUUGGCAAUGCUGGAUAUUGCUGCUUUCCUACUUGCCGUAGUAGUUAUACUUGGAUGGUCGAUUGUUUGGGUUUUCCGAAAAUGUAAGAGGAAGAUAUUAUGGCUUGUGUAUAAAUGAGAUACACGAUAUUAAUAAGAUAAGUAUUUAAAUUGAGCAAUAUUAGAGAGUGCACAAUAUCCUUAGCGCCGAAUCCUACUUG